AACAGUUUUCUGACGAAACGAGCUUAGAAAAUUUACUUGCUAAAAAAUUAAGUUUCAGCCAUGAGGUAAUGUUUGUGUCCGUGUUUUGUCUGUGCUGUGCUAUCUUUUACACUGCCGACUGCAGAACAGUUAUAUUGGUCGCAACUACCCCUGGAUUAUGGCCAUCUGACGUUUAUACGGAGGUAUAUGCUUCCAUUGCUGAUGUGCCGUCCAAGUCGAUGUUUCCUGGCGAACUUCGGAAAGUAUGCAGCAGCACAAAAUUCAGCCCAUGCCACGAAAAUGCUGAUUGCAUUCAGUUAAAGGAUGUUGUCCAAUGUACGUGUCGUGCUGGUUAUAUCGAUGGCAGUUUAAAACCCUACCCUCCGUCUAACUUAACAGCCAACGGUACAAAUUGUAUAGACUUGAAUGAGUGUGAUGCGAGCAACUAUACUUGCGGAGGAUAUCGCAAUACUUGCACGAAUACUAAUGGUUCCUACGUGUGCAACUGCAGUGCCGGAUAUCAAUACAACGCAACGACAAAUAAUUGCACAGAUUUAGACGAAUGUUUUGGCAUAAACACAAAAUGUGGCAUCGGUACUGCCCGUUGUGAAAACACACCUGGAUCUUACUUUUGCACAUGUCGAAAUGGAUUUUUGUUCAAUGAUACACUUAAAGCUUGCAUGGAUGUUGACGAGUGUCUUGACCCUAGCGCAUGUGACGUGAACGCAGUUUGUAGGAACAACAUUGGUUCUUAUACUUGUUCUUGCCUUCCUGGGUUUACUGGCAGUCAAGGUCGCUGUUUUGAUUUUGACGAAUGUAAAGACCCGGUAGUUUCGGCAGCUUGUAGCGUUAACGGGAAAUGUGAAAAUACAUUUGGAAGCUAUCAAUGUAAUUGUUUUGUUGGUUACAUGAAAGGGACAGUAGAUCAGCACAAGACGUGUAUCGAUUUGAACGAAUGUCUUAGCGAUAAAAGCUGUAGCUCGAAGCAGAAUUUUAACUGCACCAACACCCUUGGUUCAUUCUACUGCUCGUGUAUGUUGGGUUAUAAAUACGAUGCCCCAUCAAAGAAAUGUCUGGGAGAGAACGAAUGUUUAGAUUACCCCUGCCACGCCAAUGCAACCUGUACCGAUGAAAUAAAUGGAUAUUACUGUACAUGUAAUACAGGAUAUGCUGGUAACGGGUAUGGCUGCAUAGAUAUAAACGAAUGUCGGAACACAACCGUGUGUGGUAAUGGUACAAGCAGUUGUACGAACUACGAUGGAGAUUACGAAUGUGCAUGUAAGCCUGGAUACAUCUAUCACAACGAUACAAAAAUGUGUACAGAUUUAAACGAAUGUGAUGGAAAUGACAAUAUAUGUGGUCCAGGCAUGCACCAAUGCUUAAACUACGAGGGUGGUUUUCAUUGUAAUUGUGCUGCAGGUUAUUCAAAUACUAAUAGGAACCAAACCUGCGUCGAUAUCGACGAAUGCUCAGACCAAAUCCACAACUGCUUUGCGCAGUUUGAAUGUAGAAACGCAAUUGGUUCAUUUGCAUGCGUGGAAAAGCAUCAAAAUACAACGACUACAACUCUGACUGGGAAAACUACUGUUAAAAUUGCUUUAUCGACAACAAAAGCAAGACCAGCAACACCAGCAACACCAGCAACAACAGCAACAUCAGCAACAACAGCAACAACAGCAACAACAGCAACAACAGCAACAACAGCAACAACAGCAACAACAACAAGAACAACACCAGCAGCAACAACUUCGAAGCGAACUACAGCAACAACAACAACGAAAUAUAAGACUAAAACUGCUGUUUCAACCGCAACGACAAAACUACUUAUUACAGGACUACCAGGGUUUCAUGAUACGGCUUCAUACAGUUUGAGCGACACCUCAAUCAUUUUCAUAUCCGCGCUUGCUUGCAUCGUCUUUAUCGUCAUUGUUGUCAUUAUACUUCGGACGUGUAAAAGAUCUCGUGGUGUUGAGCAGCAGUCAUAUACUUUAAAAAGUGGGCCACAAACGGAGACCGAUCCUUCGGUUCAAGGAGUGACAUAUAACGUUGAAGAAAUUGAAUAAAACUGACAAAUAACCUGGUUUAAUUAAAACAUACAGGGAUGAUUACAACAUUUUCGUGAAACAUAUAGUAGGGUGGGGUAAAAUGGGACACCGUUUUAAACAAAGAACUCUUCAAGAAUUAUAAAACUGUAUAUCCUUACGACUCCCGUAAACCGUUGUUAAUUGUUUAAAACAGACUCAUAGGAUAUUUGGAUAUUAUGGGCUAAAAAUGUCUUUCUCCACCCUGCUAUAUAGUAACGAUUUCUCUCACGUUCGCCUGCGGUAAAAUGGUAAUGGUAUGUUACCUCUUUACUGAUAAAAAGG